GUUGCCGUAAAAAGAUUUUUGACAACACAAAACAAAAAAAUAUUGUAAUAUUAACUAUUUAUAAAAUUGUAGUUCGUAGUAAAAAAAAAAAAAACAAAAAAAACACCCGAAAACAUAUCUACUAGAAGAAUGAAAGAUAAAGUACAAAUGGUUGUUGAGGGUUGUAGGAUGCCAGUUCAUAUGUCCAACUCUGAUGAAUGGCCAUUGGCAGAAGUGGUUAGUAAAAAGGAAAAUCAAGAUGGAGUUUUUGAAUUUUAUGUUCACUACAUUGAUUAUAACAAACGUCUUGAUGAAUGGGUUAGUAUUGAUCGUCUCGAUCUGACAAAAAUACAACCUCCAAAAACAGAAGAGAAAAAAAAAACUUUAUCACAACAGUCUGUGUCAUCAAAACAAAAUCAAAAUUCAUCAAAACAAAAUCCGAACCAAAUAAGCUUACCUGGAUCACCUGACCUUGAGCAAGUAAAUGGAAUUAACCUAACUCAGUUUCCAUCAUCUUCCCUUGUGCGAAAUAAAUCAAAUAGUUCUUUUGGUAGAAAGAGAAAGGCUGUUCAAGAUGAAGUUAAUUUUGAAAAUGAGAGUUCAUAUUCAAAAAACUCAGAAAAUAAAACAAGCAGCCUUCGUAGCGGAGGAAGUAUGACAGUACACCAUGAUGAUGUUAUAACACGAGUAAAAAAUGUUGAGAUGAUAGAGGUUGGUAAACAUAGAAUCAAACCCUGGUACUUUGCUCCUUAUCCAAUUGAAUUAACUCGUCUACCGUGUAUUUAUAUAUGUGAAUUUUGUCUAAAGUAUAUGAAAAGUUUAACAUGUCUUAGAAGACAUAGGGAAAAAUGCACUCUUUUUCACCCUCCUGGAAAUGAAAUAUACCGUAAAGAUAAUACAUCUUUUUUUGAGAUUGAUGGAAGAAAACACAAAGCUUAUUCACAAAACCUAUGUUUACUAGCAAAACUGUUUCUUGAUCACAAGACAUUAUACUAUGAUACAGACCCCUUUCUGUUUUAUGUUAUGACAGAAUUCGACAGUGAAGGUUUUCACAUUGUUGGUUACUUUUCAAAGGAAAAGGAGUCAAGUGAAGACUAUAAUGUUGCUUGUAUAUUAACGCUACCACAAUACCAACGAAAUGGUUUAGGAAAAUUGCUCAUAGAGUUCAGUUAUGAGCUUUCAAAGUUUGAAGGGAAGUCUGGACACCCUGAAAAGCCACUUUCAGAUUUAGGUUUGUUAUCCUAUCGCAGCUAUUGGUCACAGACAAUCUUGGAGAUACUACUACAGCUAAAAAGUGAAGAGGGUGCUACUCCUGUUAUUACAAUAAACGAAAUAUGUGAGAUGACGAGUAUUCGUAAGGAGGAUGUUAUUUCAACUUUACAGCAUCUAAACUUGCUUCAGUAUUAUAAAGGCCAAUAUGUGAUAUGUAUAACUAAAGACGUUCUUGAAUCGCACAUGAAAUCAAUGAAAAAGCGAAAAAUAAGAAUUGACCCAAAAUGUUUACAUUGGCAGCCUAAAGAUUGGAGUAAGAGAGGCAAAUGGUAAAAUAUUUUAAAUUAGUGAUCGGAUCAAUUGUGCUGUCUUGAGGAAACUAUUUGUAAUUUUUGUGAAGCUCUUGUGACAAUAUGAUAUAAAUAAAAUAUUGAAUGUAAAUAUUUAAAAUAAAAAGUAUUUAACAAAAAUUUUAUAUCUAA